AAGUACCAUGUAACGUUAUGUGUAAAUAAAUAAAUGAUGCUUUAGGGUAAACAAGGUUAAUGUAGAUGAGGGUUGGUGAUUGGUGUGUGUCUGCAUGAGAUAGUGAUGUUAUGGUAGCUUUCUCACUGAUAAAUUUGAUUUGUUUUCUUUUUUGCUUUUUAACCUUUUAUCUGCCGACAAAAAACCAAGGGCAAUAGCAAUAUUAAUAAGGGUGCUCUGAGACAAAGGUUGAGUUCUAUCUUGCAACACCAAUUUUGGCUCUCUCUCCAUCUCUUUUUCUUUCUUCCCUUUCAUUUCCCCUAUCACACACGCUCUUAAGUUUUAACCUUAUGAACAUGGAUAUGUGCCAAAAUGUAUCAGUUUCCGGUGAGUGCCAACAAGAGCAUGUCCUUGCUCCUUCUUGCUCAAGCAGCCUUGAUGACCUCUUCUCUGCUCAGAACACGGAAGUGGAUGUUGAGUUGGAGUGGCUUUCAGUGUUUGUUGAGGACUGCUUUUCAAGCCCCCCAAGUUGUGUUUUUGUGCCUGCUAGUGUUAAAACCACAACCACAAGCAGCACCAACCCUUCAGGCACAUUGAAGAGGCCCCAACAAAAUGAUUCUCCUUUGCAAAAUUUUACUGUGCCAGGGAAGGCGAGGAGCAAAAGGAAGAGGCUUUCAGCCCCAAGAACCAAGGACCCUUUGAGCAUGUGGUCACACCAUUUGAACCCCCAAAAUGAAGCCUUGAGUUCUGACCCUCCUCUACUGAAACAGGCUUAUUGGUUGGCUGACAGUGAACUCAUGAUGCCUAAGCCAAAGGAGGAGACAAAAGAGGAAGUGGUGGUGGUGGAGAAGAUUGUGAGCAAGGAAAGGUUUGGUGAGUCUGAGUUUGAGUCUGAGUUUGAGUCUUGCAAUGGUCAACAACAACAGCUGCAGCAGCCUGUGGCAAGGAGGUGCACCCAUUGCUUGGCUCAGAGGACCCCACAGUGGAGGGCAGGGCCAUUAGGGCCAAAGACACUGUGCAAUGCAUGUGGAGUUAGGUACAAGUCUGGGAGGUUGCUACCAGAGUAUAGACCAGCCAAGAGUCCUACUUUUGUGAGCUAUUUGCACUCAAAUUCACACAAAAAAGUCAUGGAGAUGAGGAUGGCUGUUUACCCUUCUUCCAUUUCUAGUGACAUGUAGUGCUUGUGCUUGCUUGUUUGCCAUAUAUUUUUAUGUAAAUCAAACUUCAAAGUUUAGGAACAAACUAUUUGGAAACAGAGAUACUAUUAAGGGGAGACAUUAGUGCUGUCAUUCAUUAUAGGCACAUUUAUAUUACUUAAUAGCCACUUUCAUUUUGUCCUUCC